GAAAAUAAUAAAAACAUGAAGAAUCGUACAACUGGCUCGGACGGCAACAUAUCGGCCGACGUGAGUGGCGCUGAAACUCAAGGUGCGCCCAAUACCAACACUCCCUCCGCAAAAUCCACCAAACCGCGAAAUUCGUCGUCAAUUUCCAAAGAGAAAGGGCUUGAUGAAUACGCCGAGACGUUUGUGAUUGUUAAUGAACGGCCUGUGGAUGAUAUUUCGUUGGAUUUCUUCUAUAAGCCACAUACCAUAACACUGUUCGCGAUUUCGGUACUAUGUAUGAUGUACUUUGCCUUUGUCAGGAAUGAAACAAGUAUCGAGGACAACAUCAGAGCCGGCAUCUUGUGUGUGAUAUUUUUCUUUUUGAUUAUAUCUCUUCUGGCAUUUCCAAAUGGUCCAUUCACCCGUCCACAUCCCGCAGUAUGGCGCAUUAUAUUCGGUUGCUCAGUUUUAUAUCUCUUGAUGCUGCAAUUCUUCAUGUUCCAAAACUACAAAACAAUUAUGAACAUAUUUUAUUGGCUGGAUCCGAAACUACAAGAUUUUCACAUCAAUAUGGAAAAGGAAUAUGGUGCCAAUUGUUCAGAUCUCAGUUUUGAACGCAUUUACAGCACGAUUGAUGUAUUCGUUUGGGGUCAUUUCUUCGGCUGGGCCUUUAAGGCUGUACUUAUACGACACGCUGGCAUUUUGUGGGCAAUAUCGGUAAUGUGGGAAAUUACCGAAAUUACAUUUGCGCAUUUAUUGCCGAAUUUCGUCGAAUGCUGGUGGGAUGCCCUCAUCUUAGAUGUGCUCAUUUGCAAUGGUUUGGGCAUAUGGGUAGGUUUGCGAAUUUGUAAAGCGCUCGAAAUGCGUGAAUACAAAUGGGCUAGCAUUAAGGACAUUUCAUCGACUACGGGCAAAAUUAAGCGUGCUGUAUUGCAAUUUACACCCGAAAGCUUCACAUCUAUACGAUGGUUGGAUCCAAAAUCCACAGCGAUGCGUUUUGCUGCUGUCUGUCAAUUGGUGGUAUUUUGGCAGGUCACCGAACUGAAUACAUUCUUCCUUAAGCAUAUUUUUGAAAUGCCACCAGAUCAUUACCUCGUAGUUGGUCGCUUAGUUUUUAUAGGACUCUUUGUUGCGCCGUCAGUGAGGCAAUACUACACAUACGUGACUGAUACACGCUGUAAACGCGUGGGCACUCAAUGUUGGGUGUAUGGCGCUAUUAUGGUCUCCGAAGCAAUACUUUGCAUAAAGAACGGCAAAGAACUGUUCGAGCAUACACAAGGCAUUAAUAUUGUUUUAUGGCUCAUAACGCAGGUCGUUGUAUCGGUGGCAUUUGUUUACGGUUGCAUGUUGUGGCAGCGAGCUCAGGAAAAAUAUAAAAAGUCAACAGACUCACCCAGCAAAAAAGGUAAAACGCAAAAUACGCUGCAGAGCGAAGAACAAGGCAAGAAAUCACCAAAAAAAUCUCCAAAGCGUCACGUACAGAAAAUUGAAUAAAAUUUAAAAGUUAAACAUAAACAAAAGCAAAAACGUAUGUAUAAAGCACACCAAAAACAAAUUAAAUCAUAACAUCGUUUGCCCGUAUAGAAAUUGCAAUUCGAAUUAUCUUUUUUUUAAGAUGAAA